GUAAAUUCUCGCUUGGACGAUUCGAUCCCACGAAAUUUAAGGGCAGACAUAUGUCCAGACUGUUAAAGUUUGAGAAGGGAAUGGAGAAACGUCAGGAUUUAAGGUAAAUUCGCGAUGCUCGCGAGUGACACGUCGUCUCUGUCCGAGUAGAAGCAACAGCGUGCUACUAGAAGAGGCAGCUGUAGUAGAAACUCUCUAUAGUUGACUAUAACUGUAACCCACAUGAUUUAUUUUGAUGAAAAAGAAAGGAUGGAGAGAUCGAGGAGAAGGUGGAGAAGGAGGAAGAAGCAAAGAUAGAGAGUGAGAGAGAGAAAGAAAAGAAAAAUAGAAAAAAAGAAAGGAAGAAAGGAAGAAAUCAGGAAAGGGGUUUUCCUUGAAAGGAGUGCCCUGAAAAGGGACAGGUCAACUCUCUAGGACCUGUUUGGCCGUUUCUCAAUGGACAAUGUCCUGCCGGUCGACUCACAAAGGGACUCCCGGGACUUCGAGAUCCUCCCACGAUACGCAUGUGGGGCGACUGGAGAGCGAGUGAGAAAGAUAGAGAAAGAAAGAUAGAUAGGGAAAAAGAUAGAAUGAGAGACAACGCGUACCCCAUUGAGAACGCGUGAGAACCAGAUUUCAUAUUUCUCAUAACUGCCCGGUAGAAAAGUGAUCGUUGCUGGUUUUCUUACUUUACUGUGUACCCAAGAGAAUCCCACACUUUAUAUUAAAUUUUCUCUUUUUCCAUUCUUAACUGACUACAUUUACCGGGUUCGUCAGUUACUCGCGUUUAAACGUUUCUCGAUAAAUAAAGUACGUGUAAUGAUUGAUUUAACUUGUAUAUACGUACAUACGUACGUAAGUACUUAAUAUCUUUUAAUUAUCCACGAAGAAUUAUAUGUAUGCAGAUUGUUAAACGUUCGCAGAAUAAAUACGAAUUACGACGAAUUUUCUAUCGUUAUUAAAUACGAGGUUUGUUACUUAGUUACAAGAGUUGUAAACAUAACGUUAAAGUGAUCGAUCACACGUAUACUCGAAUAAUAAUAAAAAAGACACGGUACGCUUAUAUACAUCUAUGUAAAUACUUAAUAUCUUUUAAUUAUCCACGAAGAGUUAUGUGUAGAUUUUUUAAAAGUUCGAAUAAAUUACGAUGAAUUUUAUUGUUAUUUAAUCGAGAUUCGUCCUUAGUUACAAGAGCUGUUAACGUUGAAAUGAUCGAUCAUACGCGUACUCGAAAAGUAAUGAAAGGAAAGCCUAUACUGAAUAAGAAAACCGUAUUAUUUUUAUGAAAGAGUCCCGUUAGGUUUUAUGUUUGCGAUCGGAGAAGGUCGUAAGAGAAUUGUUCGAUCAAAGGAUCGAAUAAGGAAAUUCGAGAAAAUCUUCUCUCGAUCGAAAGGAAAAGAAAAGAAAAGGGAAAAGAAAAGAGAAGAAAAAGAGGAGAAGAAGAAGAAGAAGAAGAAAAAAAAGAAGAAGAAGAGGAACAAGAAUAAAAAGAGAGAAAGAGAGAGAGAGAAAAGAAAAAAAAACUAAGGAGAAAGAAGGAGGAAAGGAGUUCUUGAGAAUGAGGUCGAUGGACCACCGAUGGAUUGAUGGGAUUCUUUGCGAGAUGAAGCUUACGGUUACGAGCAAACGGGUCGAUUUUUUUUUUAUUUUUUUUAUUUUUUUCUAUCAACGGACCGACCUGUCUUUUUUAUAUAUACAUACAUAUAUACGUAUCUAUAGAUAGAAGGGGAGAAAAAGAGAGAGAGAGAGAGAGAGAGAGAGAGGGACUCGUAAGGGGAAAGAAAAAAACAUUUCACGUAAAAAGGAAAGAGAAAGGAAGAGUGGUAGCCAUUUUGGAUCUUUUGUACGAUGCACAUACGUUUGUAAGAAAAAGAAAGAGAGAGAGAGAGAGAGAGAGAGAGAGAGAGAGAGAGAGAGAGAGAGAGAGAGAGAGAGAGAGAGAGAGAGAGAGAGAGAGGAUCAACAAGGUGGACGAUCGUGCCUAAGAGUUAACUCGAAAAACUCUUCACCCCACGAGAAAAGUCCAACGACGGACUAAGGGGUUUCGUUGAUAAAAAGAGAGAGAGAGACAGAAGAGAGAAGAAAAAAGAAGGUCAGAGAGAUCGUAAGAAAGAGUGAGAGAGAUAUAAAAGAGGGGCGUUCGGUAUAAAAAUUUCCCCCACCAUUAUAGACGCACGUGGUGCGGUAGGUCCUUUCUAUUCUUUUGAUAUCCUGUCGGCGGCGGGGUCCUGUUGGCCCUAUAAACGCGUCUCCGAUGGAUGCUCCAGUCAGCAUCCGAGCAUGGACGAAAGCAGAUCUCCAUGUUGAUAAUGAAAACGUUUAGGAAUAUAUGCGAGUACGGCUAUCGAAGAUUCGUUCUUAUUUUUAAUUUACGUCGUCGUCGUCGUCGUCGUCGUCGUCGUCGGUAUCGUUGUCGUUGUCGUUGUCGUCGUUGUUGUUCUUGUUGUUGUUAUUGUUGUUGUUGUUGUUAUUGUUAUUAUCGUUGUUCUCAUUGUCGUUGUCGAACGAGAACGACGGCGGAUACGAGAGAGUAUUGUCGUAAAUUUCUCUAACGGUGAAUCCUGUGUGCUCGGUGUGAUCGAAUUAUAUACGCGAGAGGACGCGUAAUGGCGGAUGACAAAGCGGAAACUUCGCAAAGUAGUACGUCCCCAGACACCGUCCAAUGCGGAGGUUGUAGGGCGUCCUAUCCCCUUGGUGAGAUCGUUCGAUUUAUCGAGCACAAGGUCAAUCAUUGUCGAAAUACUCUCCAAGGCUGUCACAGUCCUCCGGCAACGGCAGCACCAGAGGACUCUGAUCCCGAGGACGCCCUUGCCCUUAAAAGUACCGAUCAGGAUUCGAAACUAAAUUCGGUCCCAAGUAUCUCCGCGCCCAUUAACAAAAGGGGUGGUAGACUUGAAAGUCCACCAACGCCUCAGGGUUCAGCACCGGAUACCGGAAGUCCGAUCGAGCUUCGAGCUAGUGCGAGUUCGACGCCGAAAAGACGAACGGAGGACAUCGACGAUGACAAGGAGGAACUUCCUAAGAAGCAGAAAACCGAGUCCGUCGAUGCCGAUACCAAUACCGUCAAUUCCGAACCAAGAUGGCUGCAAUGUUCGCAAUGCUCGAGACGAGUAUCGUCCGCGUGGGAGUUACUCCAACACGCGCAAAGCGUCCACGGUGCACGUUUGUAUAGUUCGUCCUCGCCGUCGACGAAUUCGUCGUCGAAUACACCAGCACCGAGUCCACCCACGCCCACACCAACGCAUGCGCAUCACCUGAGUCCGCCAAAUCACUUAAAUUUAAGCGGCAAAUCGAGCGGAAGUUCAUCCGCGGCGAACAGUUCAGCUGGAACGAACACGAGUGGUAGCAGCGGAAGCCGUCAACAGCUUCAAACGUCGGCCUCGUUGGUUGGUGAUCCGCUACAUAGUUUUCUGAGGCUACCGCAACAUUUGGAAAGAAGUUUUCCACCGAUGUUUAGGCCAGAUUUCCUUGCGUUAAAUCCUUUGGCUGGGUACAGAGGUCUCCAAGAGUUACAAACGGCGACGAGGAACCUACAAAACCUCGGUGAUCCGUUACGUGGUAUGGACGGUUUAAAUUUAGGUGACCCUCUCGUCCGUAGCUCGUUGGAUUCAUUAAACAACGCAAGAAAUCUAGCGAAUUUAGCCGAACUAUCGCAUGGCCGUGCAUUGAGUGCACAGGCACACCCACCACCGUUAGAAGCCAACCUGGAUUUUUACUCGGCGCGCCUAAGGAGCCUCGCUAAUCCGUCCUUAGGCGCGGCUCCACCCAAUAGCGGCAAUCCCAACCCUAGCAACUCGAAUCCAGCACCGCCUACUGUACAAAACGUUUUACCGGUACCUGGAAAUCUUCAAGCUCAGCAACAACAGCAGCAACAACAGCAACAGCAGCAACAGCAACAACAGCAAUCUCAACAAUCUCAACAAUCUCAACAAAGACCACCGUCUCGUCCUCAACCCGUAGAACCACCGAGUCCGGCUACUAACAAUCCAGCCAAUCUUACGCAUAGCAAUCAUCAGAAAGAAAAUUCGCCACCUUGUUACAGUCAAAGUCCUAUCGGACAUCACAAUAAUAACAAUUCAACGGAUAGCGAGAAAACUAGUCCGCCGGUAGCUUCUACUCCUAUCAUUGUCGAUUCUGGUUCGGAAACAAUUUACGCUUGCGAGGUCUGCGACAAGAAAUUUCGAUUCCAAUCGAAUUUGAUCGUUCACCGGCGCAGUCAUCGAGAGAAGGAGAGGCAGUAUCAGCAGGAUGGUGGUACGCAGGAUGGACAAACGGGUCAGCAGGCUACAAGGUGCGAAGUUUGCGAAUUAGAAUUGUCUAACUUCGCUGAAUUGAGGAAACACAUGAGGAAGGAGCAUCAGGAGACGUUGAACGUCGCCGCCAGUCCUCAAGGAAGCGUCGAGACCGUGCCGGACGAUGGUUCGAGUUGCGACGAGAAUAUGGAUUUGGACGAGGUCGAGGAAAACGAUCAGAAGGCCGAAAGAGAGGACACCGAGGAGAAUACGCCGGAGGAUUUGAGUACUACGCAGGGUCAGAGCGGCGAAGAGAGCGGUGGUAGGAUCGAUCAGAAAUCCGACAGUUUAGUCGGCGAUCUCAUGGAAAAAUUUGGCUUGAGUAACAUAGCCCAAUACUCAGAAGCAUACAGGCAAGCCCUUCAAGAGAAUCAUCGUGGUAGUUUUAUAAAAACCGAGUCAUCGUCGAGUUUAGCUAAUUCCUUGAACAAUAACAAGGAAAAGGAUAGUGCCCUGUCACCUACGAACUUUAAUUCUUCGACAACGCCUAACAUAUUUUCUGGACAAGGCUUUCCAAGAUCGUCCGGGCCGGAUUUCGGUGGUCUUUGGUUACCAAGUCCUCAUUAUUUAGAAAACAACGAAUUUCGAAAAGCCUCGAAGGCGACAACGUCCAGUCUUGCACUGCAAGGUCUGCCGAGUCCUCUUUUGAAGAAAGAACGGAGUGGUAGAAACGAUACCUGCGAAUAUUGUGGUAAAGUAUUUAAAAAUUGUUCGAAUCUGACGGUUCACAGACGUUCGCACACCGGUGAGAAACCGUACAAGUGCGAACUUUGUUCCUACGCCUGUGCACAAAGUUCUAAACUUACAAGGCACAUGAAGACGCACGGUAGACACGGUAAAGAUACUUACAAGUGUCGUUUCUGUGAGAUGCCAUUUUCGGUACCUAGCACACUUGAGAAACACAUGAGGAAGUGUGUGGUGGUAGUGCAACAGGGUCCUAAACUCGGUAUGCCGUAUCCCGGUAGUCAGGAUGAGGAUUCGUCUUUGAGCACCAAGGAUACUUGAUCCUGGAAUGGUAGUUUACCGCCCAUUCCGCCAUUGUGGCCGCACAGGCCACCUUACCCGGUCUACUGAAAGGGGGUGAUUCUUCGUUAAGGUCGAUCCGCAUGACCUUGAAAGUUUACCGGAACAUACAGAAAGAGAAAAAGAGGAAGAGAGAGAGAGAGAGAGAGAGAGAGAAGAGAGAGACAGAGAUUCUCCUUGAUAAGGUCCUGUCAAAUGAGUCCUCUUAAAUCCUGUUACGUUCGUAUGAUUAAAUCAUCAACGAACGUAUAUCAAGAUAUCACUGUUGGAGAUCGCCUCUUGGGAUUAGGAGAGUGCGAUCAAUUCGACAAAAGGAUCUACAACGGGAUCUACAAGUUCGGCUCUAGGAGCCUGGAAAUGGCCCGCAGGACUACGAGGAACCCGAAUGGAAAACAACGGAGAUUCUAUUCGUGAAGAAAGAGAACAAAAAGAAAGAAGAAGAAAUAUCGAUUAAUAUUCCGGAGGAGGGAGUGGAAAGGAUACUCACGUACAUUAUAAAUAGACUCGAUAAGUUCGACGAAUGAUCUUUUCGAUCGCAAAUUAGUCGAUAAGAGAAUCGAGUUAGGUUGGUCCAGGAGAAGAUAACGGGGUAAGGAGAGUUCAAUCUCUUGUUUCUUCGUUUGAUCUGUUAAAAAGAGAAGAGAAAACAAAAAAAAAAAUAUAUAAAACGAACGAAUGGUUACCACUUUUGCGAGUCUCACAGCACAGCUAUUUAAAUUAUAUCGCUAUAAAUACUUAUAAAUAACGACGCUAUAAAUAUGCAUAUAUACAUACAAAUGAAUGAAUAAAUAAAUAAAUAAAUAAAUGAAUAAAUGAAUGAAUAAAUAAAUAAAUAUAUAUAUAUAUAAAUAUAUAUAUAUAUAUAAAAAUCAUACAUACACACACACACAGACAUACACGAAAACAUACAUACACACAUACACAUACACACACACACAUACACACAUAUAUAUAUAUAUAUACAUAAUGAAAAUAUACAGAAUAUAAAUAUAUACAUACAUACAUAGGAUUAUGAACAUAGUGACUUUAUUAACGUAUUUGAAGAUUAUUUAUUUAAUAAUAUAUGUAUACAUAUUGUAUAACGUAAUAUAUUAUAUACAUACGUUUAUCACAUGGCAGACCGAUCUACAACCACCAUGUAUGUAAUAGCGAGGAAACAAAAAAAAAGAAAGAAAGAGAAAGAAAGAAAGAAAGAGAAGAAGAAGAAACACGAAAAGAAAUGGGGGAUCUUUUGUAUAUUAGACGAUCGUCUCUUUAUACGCAGAAAGCGCGUAAUUUUUUUAGAGAAAAAAAAAACAUACGAAAAGAGAACGAUUUACAUUAUUUUUUUGUUUUCUUAAUUUUUCGUUUUACGUUCUACUUUAAAUUUUUCAUUUCCGUUUAUUCUUUUUAUUUUUUAUUUGUUUCUUUUUUUGUUUUUUGCAUUUCACUCUCGUUAGGGAAAAAGGGGGAAGAAAAAAAAUAAUAAUAAACGAACGAACGAACAAACAAACAAAUAAAUAAUAAUAAUUUAUUCGUCGACUUCUAUGAUCCUGUUUGUAAAUAUUUAAACAUCGACAUUCAAUGCCCUGUUAAGAAUGUGAGAGAGAGAGAGAGAGAGAGAGAGAGAGAGAGAGAGAGAGAGAGAGAGAGAGAGAGAGAGAGAGAGAGAAAGAUACUAGAAAUAAUAAUAAAUAAUAAUACUGUGAGUACGUGAUAAAACAUUAAAAUACGAAGAAACACUCGAAGUAUGUGCUACAUUCUCUAGUUAUUAUUGUAAGCUUUAGCUCGAUCCUACAUAAAAUGUAUUAUAUAUAUAUGUAUCUAUUAUUAACGAGUUUAUUAUCUAUUAUUGAUCAUUCAUAUUUUUAAUAUUAUUAUUAUUAUUAUUAUUAUUAUUAUUAUUAUUAUUAUUAUUAUAUUGAUAUUAUUGCUAUUGUCGCCAUUAUUAUUAUUAUUAUUAUUAUUAUUAUUAUUAUUAUUAUUAUUAUUAUUAUUGUCAGUUUUUCCAUUAUUAUUAUUAUUAGUUAUAUUAUUAUUAGUUAUAUUAUUAUUAUGAAUUAUUAUUGCUAUUAUUAGUUAUUAUUAUUAUUAUUAUUGCGAUUGUCAACUAUUACGAUUAUGGUUCCAAUGAGUUUAGAUCGUCGGUCGGGUUAAUUUACACCCCCACAAUCCCCCUAUUAAAUUAUUAACAAAGAUGUUUUUUGAAGGUUUAAGAAAAUGCCAA